UCCUCCUCAAACCUCCACCAUCCUCCUGCAACGUGUUCAGACCUUUGUUCUCACACUUUGGAGGUUUUGCAACUGGAGAAAGUUUAGGAAAAUCUCAAUAACUGAACAAUGUGACUUUGCGUGCAUCUCGCGUGUGCGUUGGUUCAGUUACGCGAAAGGAAUAACAUGCAGGAAUAACAACGGGGUGUUUGGAUGUGGAGCGCACAGGAAUGAAGAUGAUGUGGCGCUAGAUGCGGUGCACGAGCAGAUAAAACACACUCAGUCUAUUAAAAGGGUGUUUGUUAUGGCUCUAAAACUGUGGCUGAAAUUCAGAAUGAAACGUUGCUCUUUGGUGGCCUUCCUGUCUCUCUUCACUUUGUCAGUGAUGAUAUACACCCUUCCUUCCUCCCCAUCUGACCGGAGCGACUUGCACCCAUGGGCCACCCGAAAUAACAAACCCAGCAGGCUGUUGGUGAGGCGCUCGCUGAGACCUCAUCUUCCAUUACAUACCAGGAGUGAAGUGAAGGACUCCACCAAGCAUCUUUUGAUGGUCAACCAUCAGCAACUAUCAUUUUCGUCUGGGAAAACAGCAGAGGAAAACAGCAACAAGCCAACCAUCCAUCUUCUCCGCUCCAGACCUGACCCGGCAUUGCCUCAGUCUGCCAAAAUGCAAAGCCUCCACCCAAACAGCACGGCUUGCAGGCACAAAUGCGCUCCAGAUGGGGCCGAAGCAAAGAGGCUCACGGGGCGAGUGGUAAAACUAAAACAGGUGCCUAGAGAGGAAAGAACAAGAGAAAGACUUUUUGAAAGGAAAGAGCCUCAAUAUGGGAUGAGGGCGUCUUUUACCGACUGGUGCAAGUCUGUACCCGACAAGACUGACAUUAAAGCCGAUUCUCUACCCUGGUUCAGCCAUGAUGAUGUGCAAAAGAUGAAGCUGCUCUCCAGAGGUGACGUGAUAAGUAAAAGCAGGCUGUCAGGUCACGGACAAGUACUUCAGGUUGGAUUAAAUGGCACGAAUGGCAUCUUGGCAGGGGCCGAACAUAUCAAACAUUGCCAGACAGGUGGCUGUGCUCUCAUCAAACGUCCCGCUGACUGGUUUGAGGUAUUCGCUUUUCACCUGGACAGAGUUCUGGGUUUAAAUCGGAGUCUGCCUGUAGUGUUGAGGACCUUUCACGGUGAGAUUCUACCAUACAAGUACACCGACGGCUCUCCCAGACCUGUGGUUUGGUGGGAUCCCAACAUCCAGCACCUCUCUGAUGCUGACAAUGACCAAAACUCUUUCUCGCUCACCUGGCCACAAUAUCAGACGGUACUGCAGAGCAGAUGUGGUUCUCAGGUGCCUUUAAACUUGACCAACUGUGUGGGAGUGCAUCACUCAGAAUGGGGACGACUGGCUUUGUUUGACUUUCUGCUGCAGGUCAAUGACAGACUGGACCGGCACUGUUGUGGAUUCACACCAGAUCCAUCAGAAUUAUGUGUAGAAAACCUGCUGCAUGUCAAAUGUAGAAACCCAAAGGACUUAAAUCUCGUCCACAUCCUGGUUCGUAAGACAGAACCAUCCAGACUGGUUUUUAUUGACAAUGCAGGAAGACCUCAUCAACCACAGGACAACCUUAACUUCAGACUGGUUGAAGGCAUUGAUGAGUUUCCAGAGAGGGCCGUUUCAGUGCUGAUGUCAGGAUGUCUGGAGAAGAUGCUCUUGCGUUCCCUGUUUUCCGAUCAGGAAUUCUGGGUUAGCAGAGGAGGGGUGUCAGGACUUAAAUCUCUUAUACACAAUGUGGAACAAAGAGCCAAGGUCUUGCUGCAGCAUAUUGAGGAGAAAAAACUGAGACUUAACAGAGACCUAUGACCAUGAAAUUCAUAUUGUCAACAAUCCAUUACUAAAUUCUCAGUAGACUAUAGUAAUCCUUUACAUGUAUUGAUUUCAAUAUAUUUAGGUUGAUGAGAGUGUUUGGUUGCUGUUUAGAAGAUCCCCUUAAAAUGAGGGGAGGCGGUGAGUUUGAAUGGAGUCCAAUUUGUUAAUAAGGGUUGAAAAUCCUUAACCUUAUGAAAUGCUCUUGACGUCUGAGAAAAGAGAUUCCAGAUGGUCAUUUGCAAAUGAGGAGUCAUCCAGGGGUCUAUAACUGUGAAGAGACCUCAGAUUCGCUAACCAGACAUGAUGUGAUCAUGAAGUGUCACACGACGACAAGCAAUUUGUCUGCUGAUAUUGAAUGUGAAAAGACACAAAGUGACAUUACAUCCAAUUAAAGGCAAGUAGCCUAAUUUAGUGUUAUGAGGAGCAGGAUUUUAGACCAAUGACAUUUUACAGUGGGCGGAGCAUUCCAGUGCAUUAACGCAGAAACUAAGAAUCUGCAAAAUGUCCUGGUUAGAAUAUAUGCCCAAUCUACAUAAAGGGGCAACUUCCAGUGGUUCCCAAAUUUGCCUGUGUGCAUCCCACCCCCCGCAUUCUUAUCACUUAAUGUUUUUUAUAAAAAGUCGGCCCCUUGGGACCAUCUCAUGCCCCCCAGUUUGAGAACCACUAGUCUACCACAUCCCAUCCUGUAAAGCACAAUCAGCAUUUGAUGUUCAAGUCACAAGUCAAGUGUUUUUCUUGAAUUUUGUAUAGUGUCCACUCCUUAAAACUACAAAAACAAGAGAAUUUAGGCGUACAAGCUAAAUGUUUAAUGAAGGUUGAUAUAGGACCAUGAAACUGUGUUGUGAAAUGAAACUAGGAAACCCCAGCUGGUUGGGGCUGGUGUGCAGAACACUUAAGCACUUCUAAAGACUCUGAAUUUAUGCUGUCAUAUGUUGUGUUAAUAUCAUGUGUCAGGCUUUGCUACAUUGGGUCUCUAACUAAAGCUUAUAUUAUUAACUAAACUACAUGGUGACUGGUUCUCAUUAGUUUAUAAGUAAAAAGUCAAAGUAAAUUAUAAAUAUAAAUGAAUUGAAGAGCUCAGAUGCAAAAGCCACUAAAUGCCACCUCCAUUCUCUCGACAUGUAUAAUAAGUUCAUCAAAUACCAUAAAUCUGCUUAAUCCUGGCCUCAGGUAACCCAUAAAUACUGGUUUGUUGGUAUAAUCCAAAUUUAAGAGUCUUAUAAAAAAUAAUAAUUUAUAAGAAAACAUGUCGAACGCACUAAGAGGGUUUUGCAUCUGAACUCUUGAGUUAUAACUAAAACUUUGGGGACAUUGAUUGUUAUAUCUAAAGUUUGCUGAAAUAAAAUGUGAUCAUUCCUGAUUAA